GUGGCCGCCGCUGAGGGGGCUCGGCUGGGGCGGCCCCGCUCCGCAUUCAGGGGUCCCGCGCCCUCGCCAUGGGGCCCGGCCCCGUUCCUCGCCCGGGCCCCGCGCCGCGACCGGCCCGUGUGGCCUUGGCUGUGCUGCUCUGCGCUGCCCUGUUGCUGCCGCCGCCUGUCCGCGGCGCCGGUGAGCGGCGGCGCUUGGCGUGCUCCACCUGCCGGGGCAUCGUGGACAGGUUCAACCAGGGUUUAGCAGAUACAGCUAAAAAAAACUUUGGUGGUGGAAACACAGCUUGGGAAGAGAAGACGCUGUCAAAGUAUGAGUCCAGUGAAAUUCGUCUAGUAGAGAUCAUAGAGAAUCUGUGCGACAGUAGCAACUUUGAAUGUAACAACAUGGUAGAAGAACAUGAAGAACUUAUAGAGAAAUGGUGGUUCAAAUUAAAGAAGAAGUAUCCUGAUUUGUUUAAGUGGUUUUGCAUUGAAACAGUAGAAGUUUGCUGCCCUGCUGGAACAUAUGGACCCGAUUGCCUUGCUUGUCAUGGUGGGUCAGAAAGACCUUGCCAUGGAAAUGGCCACUGCGAUGGUGAUGGUACCCGAGGUGGAGAUGGCUCCUGUAGCUGUAAGAAGGAGUACACGGGAGAAUUUUGUUUGGACUGUUCCAGUGGUUACUUCAGUUCCUUGAGAAAUGAGACGCAUUCCGUUUGUACAGCCUGCCAUGCUGUCUGUAAGACUUGUACUGGUUCAAGUAACAAGGACUGCCAAGACUGUAAAGAAGGCUGGGUUAAAAAUGAAGGUGGAGCUUGUGUGGAUUUAGAUGAAUGUGCUGCUUCUCCUUGCAAAGAGCACCAGUAUUGUUUGAAUACAGAUGGAUCUUUCUCAUGCAAAGCAUGUGAUGCCAGCUGUGUAGGUUGCACAGGAGAAGGUUUUGAAAAAUGCAAGACCUGUGCAUCUGGAUAUGUGAAGGAAGAUGAGAAGUGUACAGAUAUAGACGAAUGUAACCUUCCUGAGAAGGUCUGCACGAAAGAGAAUCAAGACUGUGUUAAUACGUCAGGUAGUUACAAGUGUGUAUGUUCAGAAGGGUUUGAAGAUAAGGAUGGAACAUGUGUUCAAACUGUAAAACCAGGAGAGGAAGUAGAGAAUGAAACAACUGAGCCUUCACAUACUGAACAUGUUGACUUAUGAUCUGCGUUCAGAACCAAAAGACAUUCCUAUCUCAAGUUUUAAAUUAUUGGACUAAGCCUCUGCUAGCUGACAUACUGUGGAAGUCGUAUGAAAUAUGCAGGUUGCCAUUAAGACUUUUUUUUUUUUUAAAUGGUGACAACCUGCUGUUUAAGCUGCAUUUCUUUAUUCUUAAAUUCCACUUUUUAUAUAAUUCUUCAAGAACAACACUCUAGAUGGGUUAGUAUAAAAUUUGAGUGAACGUAACAUUGUACCCAGCAGCUGUAAACAACUUGCAGGCUUCUCAUUCUAGUGCCUACUGAAAACUGUUAUCUUCUGGAAGAAUUUAGUUGCACUUCGUAAUUCAAGGAAAAUUUAGACUGAAGUUUGUUGUUUCUAAUCAUGAGAAAUAUUUCUGUAACUGAAAUACAGCUUUUGGAAAUGGUCAAAGGGAAUCUCCUGGGGGGUGGAAGGGCUGUUCCCUUAAACAAAAUAGAAUGCCUAAUAUUGCAUUCAAUAAAAGUUUAUUUUGUUGGAAUGUGCCUUAAAAUUUUUAAGAUGUUAAUACCUUGAUGUGUUGUCAUACCUAUUUUUCUUUUAAGUCAAUGAAAAAAAAAAUCCAAAACCACAAAAGCAACCCAAACAACCCUCAAAAAAUCCAAAACCCCAGAACCUUGUAAACUGUAUUUCAGUUCAGCACUGAAUUCUGGCACUCAGUUGUGUUGGAAUACAUAUGAAAAAAAACCCAACAAUAUCCCCUCUCUCACACACACUUCCCUCUAAGGGAAGAAUUAUGUCAAACUUAACUUUUCAAAGGCAGGUUGACAGGUCUUACUGACAGGUACUUGCAUUAAAUAUGUAAACUAGUUUAUAAAGUGAUGAAAAGUAGGUUUGGCUAACACAUGCCUGCAGUGGCUCAUAGUUAUUAUGUGAAUACUCUCUAGAAUUGAUGAAUACAGGACUUUCACUACAGCCUACUGCUGUGUGCAAUAGCCUCCUGUCUACUGCAGAGCAAGCAUACUACAGUCAAUUUUUCAUCUUGUCUCUCGUGCCAUUUCAGAGGGAAAGCUUAUAAGCACAGCAUAGACACCGCUUCCUAUGUAUUGUCUGUAAGCUUAAAGGUGAGUGUAAGAGCUAAAAUGGAUAUAUCCUGUAGGACUGUCAUAGCUGUAAAUACAGCAGGGACUGUCCAGCUACAGUCUCUGGUGGAAGUCAGUAAAGCUUAGAAUACAUUGUGGUGGUGGAUACAGGGAGUAUAACGAGGGGUUGUAGAAUACAGCUAAGAAGAAUACAGUUUAGGCUUGACUAUGAGAACUUAUAAACAGUACCCUGAGGUAAGGGGACAUAAAAAGGCUAUGAACCAUAAAAAUCAGACAUCUUCUGUAUGCUUCUGAAGACUUUUGUUCAAACUAAGUCACAGCUCAGUUUGUGAACAGUGCAUGUAAGGUUUGUAUGUGCAAUGGAAACCUAGGUGGAUAUUGUACAAAACCUGAUUCUGUUGGAUUCUUAUAUUAAAAGCUGCCUAAGGUGAUCUUGUGCAUGAUAGUUUAAAUCCUAGUGGUAUUAAGGUAUCUGUAACAGUUUUAUUUAAGUCAGUUUUCUUUAGCUGAUAUAUCUAGAUAUUUUUUAACUUGGCAGUUGGAGAAUGAAAUCUUCAGUGCUUUCUCAGCUGUAAUUGUUAGAAAUGGGCCUAUGUGCCACAAAAUCUUGCAAGUUGGAGCGUAGGCAUUGUAUUUAAUGAGUACUAAAUUAAAAGGAGGAAAAAGUAGACAGUUUGGGAAGCACAUGGAAUACAACCCAAGGAUCUUUAGGGUUUUUUAGCAUAGGUGUAGCCGGUUACAGUAGUAUUAGCCCCCAAGGAUCCUGCAGGAGUGUCACUUGUCUUUGUUACUCACUCGCUCACAUUUAACUCCCAGGUGUUGCAGGUUGUGGUAAGAACGCUCGUUAAUCAUAACAGGAAAUGUUGGUUCUGUUUAGAAACUACCAUCAACUCAUACUCAAGGGAAUUGUCUGUCCAGUACAAACCCUUUUAUUAAUGUUCCAAGCCUGAAAUAAUGCUUCCUUGUGAAGAACUUGCUACUCUAAACUCCUUUCAGCUUACUUGGGAGUCUGGGGGAUACCUAAUGACGUUCUUAACUACAUGGUGGAAGCAUUUGCUUCCUACCUGCGAAAGCUUUGGACAGAAAGCCUUAACUGAAUUGCUCAGCUCUGAGAUGAACUGGUAAAAACCAAAAACUUAAAAACUUCAAGAAUUUGUUUUUCUGUGGUGAUAGAGAGGAGAAACUCUUCCUAGCCUGACCUGCAGAAGUAAUGAGAGUAGUCUGGUACAACCAGACUUUUUUUCAGUUCUGGAGAAAAAAUGUUUCAGCUUUCCAUUAUCAGAGUACAAACAUCAGUGUAUUGUUCCCUACAAAACAUACAGAUGGGGUACUUGGGUAUUAGGAGUCACUAAUACUCUUAUUUUCCUCAGUUCUCCCAUUCUCCUGACCACCAGUCAUAAGCAUCUGUUGCUCUGCAUUAAAUUACUGUGGGGUCCAGAAAGGUGAAUUCAAAUAUUUAGAGCUUUCAUUGAAGGAAUAUUGGCUGCUGUCUUAUGCCCUCUUGAUGCUGAGUUUUUAAAGUUAGUUCCCUUGUUUUAUUCUGUAUUCUCCUUUUACUACUUCAGACUGUAAUUAAUGCUCCAUUUUAGAAGUUGAAACUAAAAAUUGUUUUGACUGAACUUAAUCUUUUUUGCCCCUCUGCCUUGAAUACAGUGGGGAUUGGACUCUGAGUUGUCUUGGGUUUUGCCUUAUAUAAUCAGAAUGGAGGGGUGGAAGAGCAGGAUUUAAACUGGUUAGCAGAACUGACAAUGAAGGUCAAGUGCUUUUUGUUAACCAAGCCACUCCAGGCUAUAAAUGCUUUCUACUGUAUAUGUUAAUAGUUUAGUGCUAAAGGAAAAUGAGCUGUUUCCAUUAAAUUUUUCAUUGCAUUGUAAGGACAUCUGGUUAUGUGGUACAAUACUUUGUACUUAGGGUUGUCUGGAAUUACAGGUCUCAUGUCCAACUAUACAAAUGUGUUGGUAAAUACUCCAGAAGUGAUCUGAAAUAUCCAACAAACAAGAUUUGUGCUUUAGUGAAAUGUUGGUUAGGUACUUCUGUCAUAAGUAACAAGGUGAACUUCUAGACCCAUACCUAUGAUUUAUUUUGUAAACUUCAUACUGUGGUAUCAAAUUGAAGGUGGCAUCCCUUUUCCUAGGCUGUUUUGCUACUACUUUGUGGUUUCUUGACCUAAGUGUUUUUUGCAAUGGGAAAUAGUACUGAAUAGUGUAUCUAGGCACUUAAAAGGACAAGAUUCUCUUGUAUGUGAUAGCUGGACUCGACAGAAGGUCCAGAAACACUUUCCAGGAGCAAGCAAAUGUAGAGACCUGCAUGUUUCAUUUAAGGCUCUAAACAAGACCAGGAAAGCAGUAUCAAGUAUGCAGCAUCUAUACCACAAUCCUCCUGCAGUGGCUAAACUUAGAAAUCAAAGUAUGUGCUGAAUUGUUUUCUGCUGAACAUUGGUACAUAAUACUGAAUUUUUUCUUUGAUGUGCAUUCCCAACAUGUCUGUAAUAGACACUGAGCUCUCUUCAAAGUGUAACACCAUCCAUUCCUAAAUAGGGUAAAUGAAGUCUCUCUUGCACUUCUGCAGAAUACCUUGAUGACCUAGGUAAUUUAGGAAGUCAGCGAUCACCUGAAAGGGUUCAAAUCACAAUCUUCUUUCUCAGGAAAGGUGCCAAAGUCCAUAAGUUAUAGACAAGAUCAGGACACGGGUGACUGUAAAAUAUCUGGGAUAUACGGUACAAACACACAACUUUUUCCUUUUAUGGAUGGUGAGGACUGAUCAUACAUCAUCCUAAUAUGUAUGGGAGAAGUACUUUUCAGUCAGGCAGUUGACAGUUCAAAAGUCAAAUAUCUGUAAGUUGAAAAAACACCCGAGAAUUGUGAAAAUCACCAAAUCACAUUUUUAGCAUAAAGCUCUCGAUGUAUGCGACACUAUGUGCAUAGGUUGAGACAAUUCUCCCUGAACAACAGGGUGCACCCUGCCCUUCAGGUUUCUUUCAGACCAUUCUUAAUACCGCCCAAAGUGAGGCACACAAAUAAUUCAAGUUUGCCUUAACAAGUGACUAACUGAAAAAAGUGUGUUGAGAGAAAAAUAAACAACGAAAGAAAACCCCCAGCAACAAAAUAAAAGCUUUAAAGACCCAAAGAGGUCCUGGAUCAUGUGUAGCACGAAUAUAAAUGACAGUUGUCCAUAAUGGUCCUAGCUGACCUCCUGAUACCCCUGCCUUCCCUCUGUCUCAGACUGCUAUGGAUUGUUUCCUAAAACUAUAUUUUAUCUGUUCUGAAAGGAAUCUUCUGAGGUUAUUCAAAGCAACUGCCUGUGCUUUUUUUUUUUAAUUCCUUUGAUCAAAAUGGAAUUUUUCUCAUCCCUUUCAGCAACUUCACACCUUGUCUAAUUUCAUGGUUUUAUUUGCUGCUGCUAUGCCUACAGCAGCCUUUAAUACUCUUCAAAUUGCUUGCUGGUUCUUCUCCAAGAGGGCUUUGGCUUUCUUGAUUCCAUUCCUUUGUGCUAAGACAGUGGCUCUGUAUUCCUUCCAGGUCACUUGCCACUGUUUCCACCUUGUGUGUUUCUUUUUUUGACUUUAGUCAGGAGCUUGUUGUUCAUUCUUGUCAGCUUCCUGCCAUCUUUGCUUGAUUUCCCACACAUCAGGGUUGGAGAAGGCGAUCACUGAAAAUCAGCCAACUGCCUUGGACCCUUUUGUCUAGGAGUGUCUGCCUUAGCUUUGCUCCCAUGCUGAUCCCUGAACUGCCCAGGUCUACUCUUGUGACAUAAAGGGUUAUGAUCCUGCUACUGCUUUGAAGGCAAAAUAGUGUUUGGUUACACUUCUUGAUCUGCUGCUGAGGUAAAAAUAUUGUCUCUCUACUUAAUGGUGCUUUUUUGUUGAAUCCAACCCUUCUUACUCGGCUUUGGUCAGUGGGGCAACUUUAGGCUCUUAGGGACUAAGGGUCGUCUUUUUGAUCUGCUUUUGUUAGAGAUGUGCCCUAAUCCUCACAUGUCCCCCCCAGGUUGCAUCACAGCAUUUGAUAUGUAGGAUUCACAUCUAGCACUGCAUCCACUAGUGCAGAAACUACAUGAGCAGUAGCUAGAAAGUUGUGCAGCUAGAAGAACGUGUUUCUGUUGCUGAAUUCUGUGUUAACAGCACACAGUAAAUCCAAGAGGGAAGAAAAAAAAAAAA